AUGAUAAUUGUCUUGAGAUGUGAGAAACUUAAAGCAAUUCUUGAUACUAAGUGCCCUCUGGCCACACAAGCUGAGGCUAGAAAAUUUUGGGAAGAGUUUGAUAAGAUAGCUUAUUGCUAUAUGCUGGCAAGCAUGACCAACACUCUAUAUAAGCAACUAGAGAGUUGUAAGACUGCUAAAGUAAUUCUAGAUAAGCUAGAAGACAUGUUUGGAGGCCAAGCUACCUUGGCUCGACAGUAUGAUAUAAUUAACUUAAUGAAUGUCCAGAAAAAGCCCGACACUCUUGACAAAUACCAUAUGAUCACUCUUGUAGGAUACUUUGUCGAGGCCGCAGAAUAUGAGGCCAAUUUGGACCAAAACACCUAA